AUGGAGGGCGUCACCAUGGAUGGCCAGCGCUCUUUUGCGCCCGAGCCCAAGAACGCCGCAACCAUUCUCUGCGCAGACUGCGGCGCGCCUGUUGACGGCACCCUCUCUGGUGCCUUCUGCUACGACUGCAUAAAACUGAAGACGGACGUUACCGGCGGCAUCCCGCGCGAAGCCAUUCUGCUCAUGUGCCGCGACUGUGACCGAUGGCUCUCCCCUCCCACGACCUGGGUCGUCGCCCACCCCGAAUCGCGCGAACUGCUCGCUCUCUGCCUGCGAAAACUGCGCGGACUCAACAAGUUGAGAAUCAUAGACGCCAGCUUCAUCUGGACCGAGCCGCACAGCAGGAGGAUAAAGGUCAAGAUCACGGUGCAGUCGGAGAUCAACGAAGGCGCCAUCAUGCAGCAGAGCUUCGAGGUCGAGUUCACACAAAACUACAACCAAUGUCCAGACUGCGCCAAGAGCUACACCCACAACACAUGGAGGGCGUCGGUACAAGUCCGACAGAAGGUGCCGCACAAGAGGACGUUCCUGUACCUGGAACAGCUGAUUCUGAAGCAUGGCGCCCACAAGGACACAAUCAACAUCAAGGAAGUCCACGACGGUAUCGACUUCUUCUUCGCCCAGAGGAAUCACGCCGUGGCCUUCUGCGACUUCCUCAAGGCCGUCAUCCCCGUCAACAUCAAGCGAUCCGAAGAGCUCAUCUCGCACGAUAUUCACACCUCGACAAAGAACUACAAGUUCUCCUUCUCGUGCGAGAUUGUGCCUAUUUGCAAAGACGAUCUUGUCGUCCUUCCUAUCCCGCUCGCAAAGAAGCUCGGCAACGUCUCACCCCUCACACUCUGCACCCGCAUCGGUACCUCAGUACAACUACUUGACCCUUCGACGCUCCAGACAGCCGAUGUCGCCACCGACAUCUACUGGCGGACGCCUUUCCGACCCCUCGCCGAUGUACAGGAACUGACCGAAUUCAUUGUUCUCGACAUCGAGCCUCUAGGUAAGCAGGUCGGCCGCCAUUUCCUCGCCGAGGCCACCGUAGCCCGCGCCUCUGACAUGGGCGUCAACGACACAACAUACUACUGCCGCACACACCUCGGUGGAAUCCUACACGUAGGCGACUCGGUAAUGGGUUACUUGCUUGCCAACACAAACUUCAACAACGAGCUUUUCGACGUCCUCGAAUCCAACAACAAGUACUCAUCCGCCAUUCCUGACGUCAUGCUUGUCAAGAAGUACUACCAGCGCUCCAAGAAGAACAAGAAUAAGCGCAACUGGCGCGUCAAGCGUAUGAACAGGGAGGAAGGCGAGAUGCUGCCUCGCAAGCAAGAUCAAGAAAAGAUGGAGCGCGACUUUGAGAUGUUCUUGCAGGACGUUGAAGAGGACCAGGACUUGCGCGCGACCAUGGCACUAUACAAGGCGCAACAGGAGCAGAAGCAGCGCGAUGCGGAUGCUAUGGAGACCGAGAGUAGCCUUGGCGAUGAUGAAGAUGAAGGCCUGCAGAUCCCUAUGGAGCAGCUGCUGGAUGAUUUCGAGGAGAUGAAGAUGGAGGACUAG